CGCGUGUGGGAGGAGUGUAUGUGUUCACUCAGUCCGUGAGAAUAAUGAGAAUCUGACUGAGGCACCUCCUCCCAUCCUAUCGGGAAUUUCCACGGAUCUGGGUUCCUCCCUCUCUCCUCCGGUCUAUGGUUGCCAUGGCGAUGACGUCAACUUGCGCCACCGAUUCAGCCCAGUAGACGGUUUCGGAGGCGGCGCAACAAAACCCCGACGAUCGACUGCGGGAGCCAUCAUCAUCCUGUCGAUCUCUGCACAUUCACAUCUCCUACUCGAUCGUCCUCGUACCCAUCGCUCCAAGAUGCGCGAAAUUGUGCACCUGCAAGCCGGUCAGUGCGGAAAUCAGAUCGGAGCUAAGUUCUGGGAGGUGAUCAGUGACGAGCAUGGCAUUGAUCCCACUGGUUCUUACCACGGCGACAGCGAUCUGCAGCUAGACAGGAUCAGCGUCUAUUACAAUGAGGCCACAGGAGGGAAGUACGUUCCCCGAGCCAUCCUGGUGGACCUGGAGCCUGGUACGAUGGACUCAGUCAGGUCCGGCCCCUUCGGGCAGAUCUUCAGGCCGGACAACUUUGUUUUUGGCCAGAGCGGAGCUGGAAACAACUGGGCCAAGGGCCACUACACUGAGGGAGCCGAGCUGGUGGAUUCCGUCCUGGACGUAGUGAGGAAAGAGGCCGAGAGCUGCGAUUGCCUUCAGGGCUUUCAGCUUACUCACUCCCUGGGUGGUGGUACUGGAUCUGGCAUGGGCACCCUGCUCAUCAGCAAAAUCCGCGAGGAGUACCCCGAUCGCAUCAUGAACACCUUCAGCGUGGUGCCUUCUCCUAAGGUGUCCGACACCGUGGUGGAGCCCUACAAUGCCACCCUCUCCGUCCACCAGCUGGUGGAGAACACUGACGAGACCUACUGCAUUGACAAUGAAGCUCUCUAUGAUAUCUGCUUCCGCACUCUCAAACUCACCACCCCCACCUAUGGCGAUCUCAACCAUUUGGUGUCCGCCACCAUGAGCGGAGUAACCACCUGCCUGCGUUUCCCCGGACAACUCAACGCCGAUCUCCGCAAACUAGCUGUCAACAUGGUGCCCUUCCCCCGUCUUCACUUCUUCAUGCCAGGCUUCGCCCCCCUCACCAGCAGGGGCAGCCAGCAGUACCGCGCCCUGUCUGUGCCGGAGCUCACCCAGCAGAUGUUCGACGCCAAGAACAUGAUGGCCGCCUGUGACCCACGCCACGGCCGCUACCUGACCGUGGCCGCAGUGUUCAGGGGCCGCAUGUCCAUGAAGGAGGUGGACGAGCAGAUGUUGAACGUGCAGAACAAGAACAGCAGCUACUUUGUUGAGUGGAUCCCGAACAACGUGAAGACCGCCGUCUGUGACAUCCCACCCCGCGGCCUCAAAAUGGCCGCCACUUUCAUCGGCAACAGCACGGCCAUCCAGGAGCUGUUCAAGCGUAUCUCCGAGCAGUUCACCGCCAUGUUCCGUCGCAAGGCCUUCCUCCACUGGUACACCGGUGAGGGCAUGGAUGAGAUGGAGUUCACAGAGGCCGAGAGCAACAUGAACGACCUGGUGUCGGAAUACCAGCAGUACCAGGACGCCACGGCCGAGGAGGGAGAGUUUGAGGAAGAGGGAGAGGAGGAAGUCGCCUAAAACCUCUGCCCACCCAACUGACAAACUCCAUUUCACCUUCACCCAUCCCCCUAACUCCACCCCUGUCAUACCUUUCCAUCAUGAAUUGAAUGGUCUGCCACACAUCGAUGUUAACUGAUACUAGUGACGUUUUUGGUGAAAAUGUUUUUGUAUGUUGUGAAUGCACUGAAUUAUUUAAAUCCUUUCAUCUGUCUUGUCAUUGCCCUGCCAAAUUCAGCAGCAAGGGAUUUUAACUGUGAAGCCUUGGAAUUGGAAGAUAAUUAAAAUCUUUACAUUUUUA